AUGGCAAAACAUAUUCAUAGAGCCAAAAAUUAUGAGGGAAAUAUUUUAAGCAUAAGUUUGGCAUUUAAAAAGAAAAUAAAAUUUGCCAAUAAUGACAAACAUUACACAAUACUAAUGGGAGAUUUUAAUGCAACAGUCAACCCAAAAAUUGAUAGAUAUAAUACAAAUAUCAGUAAAAAUAAUAGAUCAACUAAACCAGAAAGUUCAAUUUCAAGAUAUUUAAAUAAUAAUCAACUAUUUUAUGCAGAUAUUAUAUUGGCACAUUUGACAAGUCAAAGUGAUCGUGCGUGUGCAAUUAUAGAAAGAGAAACAAACAUUUUUGAAAAACAAAAGCCAAUGUUAAAAACAAUUGAAUGUCAACAAAGAAUAGAAUUUAAUUAUGAUAUAAAACUAUGA